AUGGAGAACUGGACGGCCCUGGCUGGGGCUCGGAGGAACUCCUGCACCUUCCACGAGGAGUUCAAGCACGUCCUGCUGCCCCUGGUCUACUCGGUGGUCUUCCUGCUGGGGCUGCCCCUGAACGCGGUGGUCAUCGGGCAGAUCUGGGCCACCCGGCAGGCCCUCAGCCGCACCACCAUCUACAUGCUGAACCUGGCCACCGCCGACCUCCUCUACGUCUGCUCCCUGCCCCUCCUCAUCUACAACUACACCCAGAAGGACUAUUGGCCCUUCGGGGACUUCACCUGCAGGCUGGUCCGCUUCCAGUUCUACACCAACCUCCACGGCAGCAUCCUCUUCCUCACCUGCAUCAGCGUCCAGCGCUACCUGGGCAUCUGCCACCCCUUGGCCUCCUGGCACAAGAAGAAGGGCAAGAAGCUGACCUGGCUGGUGUGCGGCGCCGGCUGGCUGGUGGUGGCCGCCCAGUGCCUGCCCACCUUCGUCUUCGCCUCCACCGGCACCCAGCGCAACCGCACCGUCUGCUACGACCUGAGCCCCCCCGAGGGCUCCGCCGCCUACUUCCCGUACGGCAUCACCCUGACGGUCACCGGCUUCCUGCUGCCCUUCGCCGCCAUCCUGGGCUGCUACUGCCGCAUGGCUCGGAUCCUGUGCCGGAGGGACGAGCUGCUGGGGCUGGCGGUGCGGCAGCGGAAGGGCAAGGCCGUGCGGAUGGUGGUGAUGGUGGUCAUCGUCUUCUCCGUCAGCUUCCUGCCCUUCCACCUCACCAAGAGCCUCUACCUGCUGGCGCGCUCCUCGCCCGCCCUGCCGUGCCCGGCCCUGCAGGCCUUCGCCGCCGCCUACAAGUCCACGCGGCCCUUCGCCAGCGCCAACAGCGUCCUGGACCCCAUCCUCUUCUACUUCACCCAGCGGCGGUUCCGCGAGAGCACCAAGUCCCUGCUGGGCAAGGUCAGCUCCCGCUGGAGGAACGACCGCUGCGGCCCCUACGGCUCCUAGGGGGCCACAACAUCCAGCACAGCGUCAC